CUAAUAACUAAUUGGUUUCAUGUAUUCUUAAACUGGGAUUUAAGAUUUUCCCUCUUAUUAUCUUCAUAAACGGUUCUACAUUAUUGCUCCCCUUAAGGUUCUGUGUUUUUCUUUUUUCCGAUCCAGAACUUUCAGCAUUUUUUUUCCUUUUUUCUUUUCGGGAAGUGAAAUAGUUUAUUGAACUUGUGAAGAAGCUACAAUGGGGAACAAGUGAAGAUGGUGGUUGUGAAAAGGAUUCCAAGUGGUUUUGCUCUUCUUGUUGUUUUCUUAGUGGUUUUGGUUAAUGGCACAUUUGGUUCGUACACUUUUACUGAUAACUAUCUUAUUGCUUGUGGUUCUUCGAAGAAUAUUACAUUCCAAGGUCGCAAUUUUGUUCCUGACUCACAGCAUUCGAAACUCACUUUGAAAACUCAGAACUCGGUUGUUGCGGGUUCAAAUUCCAGUGCCCCUUUUCCAGUUUACAAAUCAGCUAGGGUUUUCACUGAGGCAGCUUCUUAUAAAUUUGAAAUUGGGCAGCAAGGUAGGCACUGGCUCCGGCUAUACUUUUCGCCUCUUUUGAAUUCCGGUCGCAAUUUGAGUUCUGCUUCAAUGACUGUUGUUACUGAUAAUUUUGUCCUUUUGAGUAAUUUUACCUUUAAGAAUCGGCCCCAUGGUUCUUGUGUGUUCAAGGAGUAUGCAAUCAACGUUACUGAUAAUACCUUGACUCUUAGUUUCAUUCCGUCCAAUGAUUCGGUAGCCUUUAUUAAUGCAAUUGAAGUUGUGUCAAUGCCGGAUGAAUUGUUUGUUGAUCAAGCAUUGGGUCUUAACCCGACUGCGCCGGUCAGCGGACUCUCUGGGGUUGCUUUGGAAACUGUUUAUCGCCUCAACAUUGGGGGUCCUUCAAUUACAGCUCAGAAUGACACAUUGGGAAGGACUUGGGUGAAUGAUCAGAAAUACCUUCAUGUGAACAAUUCGGUUGUUAAUGUGUCUGUCAAUCCUUCGAGCAUUAAGUAUCCAGUGGGUGUUACGCCCGAGACUGCUCCAAAUUUGGUCUAUGCCACUGCAGAAGCAAUGGGGGAUCCAAAUGUAGGCAGUCCGAAUUUCAACAUCACUUGGGUCUUCAAUGUUGAUCCAAAUUUCUCGUAUUUUAUUCGGGUGCAUUUUUGUGAUAUCAUGAGCAAGUCUCUCAACACUCUGGUCUUCAAUUUGUUUAUAAAUACUGACUUAGGUAUUGGAAGUCUUGAUCUGUCAUCCAUAACUAAUGAUUUGUCUGUUCCUUACUUCAAGGACUUUGUUUCCAAUGCCUCGGCGGGCUCAAACACUUUGACAGUAAGUGUUGGUCCGGAUAAAAUGGCUGACUUCCCAAAUGCCACUAUGAACGGGCUGGAGAUAAUGAAGAUCAGCAAUGCAUUGCGGAGUUUGGAUGGGCUUUCUUCAGUUGGCAGUCUCCUUCCUGGCUCAUUGUCAAAGAAGAACAAGAUAGCAAUUAUAGUUGGUUCUGCUGUUGGGGCUUUGGUUGUCGUAGCAUUGGUUGGUUUGUGUUGUUGCUGCUUAAUAGGGCGCAAGUCGAAGUCUACUGAACGGGGUAAUUCAUGGCUACCUUUACCCAUCUAUGGAAACUCGCUGACCUUGACGAAAAUGUCAACAACUUCACAGAAGAGUGGAACAGCAAGCUGCAAAUCUUUAACAUCGUCGAAUCUCGGACGAUUCUUCAGUUUCCAAGAAAUCCUAGAUGCAACCAACAAAUUUGAUGAGAACCUACUUCUUGGUGUUGGUGGUUUCGGUAGAGUUUAUAAGGGAACACUUGAAGAUGGGACUAAUGUAGCUGUUAAAAGAGGCAACCGAAGAUCUGAACAAGGUCUUGCUGAAUUCCGAACAGAAAUUGAAAUGUUAUCAAAGCUUCGUCAUCGUCAUCUUGUGUCGCUCAUUGGUUAUUGUGAUGAGAGGUCGGAAAUGAUUCUUGUUUAUGAAUACAUGGCUAAUGGACCCCUUAGGAGUCAUUUGUAUGGAACAGACUUGCCACCUCUAUCAUGGAAGCAGCGACUUGAAAUUUGCAUCGGAGCUGCAAGGGGCCUUCAUUAUCUCCACACCGGUGCCGCUCAAAGCAUAAUUCACCGAGAUGUGAAGACAACAAAUAUUCUCUUAGAUGAGAACUUUGUUGCUAAAGUUGCGGAUUUUGGCCUUUCCAAAGCUGGUCCUUCUCUUGAUCAAACCCAUGUGAGCACUGCUGUUAAAGGUAGUUUCGGUUAUCUCGAUCCUGAGUACUUUAGAAGGCAACAACUAACCGAGAAAUCUGAUGUUUAUUCAUUCGGAGUAGUGUUAAUGGAGGUGUUAUGCACAAGGCCAGCCUUGAACCCUGUCCUUCCUAGGGACCAGGUUAAUAUAGCCGAAUGGGCAAUGAUGUGGCAGAAAAAAGGGAUGCUUGAUCAAAUCAUGGACCAAAAUCUUGUGGGGAAGGUGAGCGUUGCUUCUCUUAAUAAGUUUGGGGAGACAGCAGAGAAGUGCUUGGCUGAGUAUGGUGUGGACCGUCCGUCUAUGGGAGAUGUCUUGUGGAAUCUUGAAUAUGCUCUUCAGCUUCAAGAAACCUCGUCGAGCCUCACAGAACCAGAAGACAACAGCACAAACCACAUUACUGGAAUUCAGUUGACUCCCCUUGAACACUUUGAUAACAGUGUUACUAUGAUUGAUGAGAUAAACUCUUGCACAUAUGACAAUAUAGAAGAUGCAGCUACAAGCACAGUGUUCUCACAAUUGGUAAAUCCUCGCGGAAGAUGAGUUCCUCUUGUAUUCACCAUUCUAGCCAUGCCAUUAAUUGCCGCGGCUAUUCUUGCCUAGGAACUAGUCUGAAACCUCAUGUUUGGCGGAUGGUUAUGCCUUAUUUAAUUACUGCUUCAUGAUCCAUUUUUCGUUCAUAAGCAAGUUUAUACAUAAUGUACUUCAGUGAUAGUGAUGAUUGCCAAUGAGGAUAGGAAUUUUAUGUAUGGUACUCCUAAUAUUCUGUUGUACUUCAUACAAACCAAUCAGGAAUUCAGUCUUCCUGAUAAUUCUUACACAUUAAAAUCAUAAAUAGGACACCACAGGUUGCUUGAUCCAUGUAACCAGUCUCAAUUA